AUGCUUGGGAUAUAUGCCAAGCCAAAUGCUGGGUUUGAUCGCUUCACACGUUGUUCCAACUUUGAGAGACCUAACAAGUUCAUAGGAACUUUUCACGACAAGACGAUAGGAUCCAUUUGGCAUUCGACUUUGAUUUAUGAGUUCAUAGGAACUCUCACCCUCGGCCAUGCUUAUCGCCUUAUCACUUCUCAAGGAUUGAAGGUCAUGAGAGCCAAGAAAAUUGCAAAAACGAAAUGGGAAUCCAUGAAAAAGUUGCAGCACCAUGGACAAGACAAACUAAGUUCAAGAAGAAAGUCUGACGCAGAGACAACCAACCAAGUUCAGGAACAGAAGCAAGAAAGACAAAGCUCAAGGAAAACACAUGUGAACGCAGCUGCAAUGAGGUCAAAAUCAUGGCGGCCGUCAUUACAGAGCAUCUCUGAGGCUGCAAGUUAAAUAUGU